GAUCUGUGUAUCUGUCUACUGCCGGAUUUAGGUUAUAUCUACCUACUGUUAUGUAAAAUUAAUUGCUAUCAAGCCCAAGCUUACUAAAUAAAUAAUUUAUUUAUUAUCGUAACGAAAAGUAGUUAUUUUAAAGGGUUAUAAUCAUGUCAGUGUCAUUGUGUUGUCGAAGAUUUCCAAUUGCCAUGAAAACAAAAUUCAAAUUCUACUUACCCAAACGAAAUAAUGGCUAUGUUGUGUUGCUUCCUGAAAUCAAUCUCGACAUUCCAGAAAGUGCUGCACUCAUGAAGGACAAUAUGCCAGACUUCUCCAGCGAUGAAACGGAAAAAUAUGUGACAAUUGUUGGAAAAUCACUCCUUGACGUGGAACAUGGCAUUAGAAUGGUGGAACAAAAUGUUGAGACAGCUGGAUGUACUAAUCUUGUGAAGGAAGUAAUCGAACCGAUUGAAAAGAUCAGCGCCUCGCUAGACACUUCUUGGGGUAUUAUAAAGACUCUGUACCUUGCCAAAACCACGGUAAUGCCUUCAAGCACUUACGUCCCUUUGCACCAUCGUGCUCGCCGGGCAAGGUCUGCAAAGUUCUACAGCAAGGCUAUAUAUGAGGCUUGUAAGGAAUGUGACCAAUCCAAACUGACGGAAGAGGAGCAACGAGUCGUUGAUAAGUUCUUGUUGGAAGGAAGGUUGGCCGGACUGGACUUGGAAGAGAACAAACGUGAAGAGCUUGCUAACAUUUACAUCAAGAUGGCGGAGGCUCGAUCCAUGUACACUAAGAGAGUAGAGGUGUCUUCAAACAAAUUCAACACUACAAUACGAGACCCGAGCAUCACUAGGGAGAUGCCAGAUCAUUUACUCAGACUCAUGGCUGUAAAUAAAGAGGAGGUGGGCCAAGGUCCGUGGAAGGUGACGCUGGAGCCACAACUGGUGGAGACUUUCCUGGCAUAUUGUCCUGUCAGGGAGCUGAGGUGGAAUGUGUGGCAGGCUCAGACACGUAUAGCCUCGCAGAGUCUGGAGGACAAUGAGCUGCACAACAGUUCUACACUGGAGAAGAUCAGGAGUCUCAGGAGGGACGAAGCUAGACUGUUAGGCUACAAAACUUACGCACACAUCUCAAUGGAAACAAAGAUGGCUGGGUCAUUAGAGAAAGUUCAAGAAACGUUAGGAAAUAUGCUGCAAGUUGCAAAACCAGCAGCAGACAGAGAGAUUGCUGAUCUACAGAAGUUUGCUUGGGAGAGGGGCUUUGAAGGCAGCUUUCAACCUUGGGACAUCUCCUUCUGGGAACGGAAGCAGAAGAGGACACUGUACAACUUCCAGGAAGAGCAGCUGACGGAUUACUUUCCCUUUGACAAAGUGUGGGAAGGGCUGCUGUCUUUGUGUGAGAAAAUGUUUGACGUAAAGUUUGUAGAGAACAAGACUGUCAAUCGGUGGCAUCCGGAGGUUAGAUUCUUCUACAUCUACGAAGAAACCAACAAACCAGCGGCUGGCUUCUAUCUCGACCCUUACCUCAGGGAAGACAAGUUGAACUCGAGGCAGAGGGACGCAUACAUUGUGAACAUCACUCCUGCUGCUCGGAUACACAAGACACUACCGCUGUCCUCCCUCAUCAUGCACCUGGAUCCCCCAAUAUACGGCAAACCUGCAUUGCUCACCUGGCAUGACGUGCAGAUACUCUUCAAACAGUUUGGUCACGUACUGCAGCAGCUGCUGACCACAGUCACGUAUGCUGAGGUGGCCGGACAGUCCAAUGUGGAGUGGGAUGCUGUGGAAGUGGUCGGCAACGUGUUCGUACAUUGGUUGAAGGAGCCAGCAGUGUUGGAUAGCAUCUCGGGUCACUACGCCUCGGGAGAGAAGCUGCCUGCGCUGCCAUUGGCUGACAUAGACAGACACUUUGCUGGACACAGGCUGUGUGAGGAACUGUUCAAGGCACAUCUCGACCUGGAGAUGUUCACUACAAAGGACUUCUGGCAGGACAUUAUGAAGAAGCUGUGGCCGGCACAUUUUGUACUUCCCCAUGACAGAUGGAACUCACUACCAUGCAGUUUCAGUGAGAUAGUAACGGAACAAUGGAGUGCUGCUUACUUCAGUCACGUCUGGGCUCGAAUGGUGGCAGCCGAUGUGUACAGUGCCUUUACUGAGCCAGACGUUGACAAACACAACAUCGGAGAAAGGUUCAGAGACACGUACUUGGCGUUCGGUGGAAGUUGUCCCCCCGGAGAGGUGUUCCGAAGGUUUAGAGGUCGCGAUCCUUCACCAGAGGCGUUCCUCAAACACCUGGGUCUGCAUUGAAGAGAAAUCUUGCAAUGAUUGUCACCUACUGACUUCCAGGUUGUCUUUAUCUAGUCUGUUGAUGUUUUCACAACUAGUGAAUGAUUCUACAUGUUGAUAAAGAAGUUAAGUUCGUAGAAACCAGAAAAGUAAUAUUUUCUUUUUUCUAUGCAGUUAUGUUUAUUUAUUUGUUGUGUUGCAAUGGAACAUAUGUUUUCUCCAGUACACAUUUUGAAAAUAUUACUAAAUCUCCAAAAAAUUAGUUUUUUAGGUAUUGCUGGACCUAAGACAAAUACCAAAAGUUAAUCUCAAAAUAAAAACAUCUUACACAUACAAUUUUAGGCCAAAAUAUGUGUAGAGGCCUACUUAAAUUGUGCUAUAUCUUAAAUUGACCUCUGAAGGUUUUUUUAGCCAAAUUACAGCCCAAGUUUAGGGUUUAGUGUUCUAUAUAAUGUCGAAGUGGUGGCUUGAUGGCAUGUCUUGACUGAAAAUGAACCCUACAUUUAUUUUCUUAAUUUAAUUAUUUAUAAUUAAUAGUGUGCAUAUGUCAUGUAAAAUGGAGAAAGGUGCCCUCAACAUACUAGGGCGUACUAGUACUAUUUAGAAGCAUAACUUUUUAAGGCUUUCUAGGCUUUAAUGAUGCACAACUAUCAUUUCUGAAGCCUUAUUAAGAGCAUUACAUUAAUAGUAUAAUUCGUCACUUGAAAGAUAAACGGGCGUUGUAAUUAUGACGUCCUUUUGUUUUCCAAGCGUCAAAUUCAUCACUUAAGCUAUAAAUUUUAUAUUAAGCUUUAAAUUAAAUCAUAGACUCAUUUGAAACAUGCACCAAUAGAAAAAAACCACAAUUCUUAGCAUUAAUUUUCAAAGCUUUUAUGUUCAUGUUACAGUACUCUAAAUACAGUGUUCACAGUUUUUCAAAUAUGUGUUGACAAAUCUGACAACUUAAUCUCAAGUUGUUGCCAUCGAUGGCCUGUAGUUAACAUCCAAGAAUUUUGAAGGAUUUUUUGUAAUUUUGUAAUCAAAUUAUGUUUGUCUUAGUUCAAAAUGCAUUUCACAAAAAUUGACUUGUAAUUGUUUGUUGUUAAUACAAAAUUGAUCAAACUACUUGAUGAAUUUUAUUUUUUUAACAUUGAAAUCUUUAAAUGGAUUGGUUAAGCAGUGCCUUGUUUUAUCAUCAAGAGCCCAGAGUACUCUUUCAACAACAGCGCUGCGGUUGGAUUUGACAAAUAUUGGAACACACUGGACUACUUAAGUCCGUUUGUUUGAGGGAAAGUUCCCCCUACUACUCUUUUGCUUAUCCUAGGGUCCACGAGAGUCUGCUGUUGGCGGCAGCCAAUCACAAGACAGGGCUAGUGCGACGUUGCCACAUCGCCUGUUGACGACACUAAUUAAAAUAUACCAAACAAUAUUUUCAAAGCUGGUAUUAUUAUAUUUGGCAACAGCGCACAGUCCUCAUUGGUUCAUUCAAAGUCACGUGGUAAAAUAGGCUCCUCCCUUCUGC